GUGCACAAUACCAAUAGGCUACUUUCAAACAAAAAAACAAUAGGCUCAACCCGAGUCAUUUUAGGCUCAACCGGUAAGUUUAAUACUCCUAGGAUCCAGGAGAAGAAUUUUCUUCUAUUGGCCGUCGUGAAGUAGAUCGGCGUGAAAUUUCCCGGCGACGAAUUCAACAUCCCAUCUAAGCUUGUAUUGCGUGCACCUAAACCAUCAAUUGCUCUGAUCGAUGAUCGCAGUAGAAUGGAUAGGCAUAUUCAGAUUUUCCUAAACAAGCUUUCCCUCGCCUGCUUCACCAUUGCCACGCUCAUCCUCCUCUUCCUCUUCCUCCGUAUUCCCAACACCUGCGUCCACAUCUCCGGCGUCCACAUCUCCGGCGGCCACCUCAAGCCCCACCACCGCUUCCCCAAAUCCACAUGCGACUUCACCCCCCGAGCCCUCACCUCCGUCGAUAAACGCAACCGCCGCCUCUGGUCCACCAAUGCCUGGAUCCAAACUGUCCGCUCUUACACGGAUCUAUUCCAGCUCCUCCGAGACAAGCGCCUCUUCUCCGUCCAUUCUCGGGCCCUCGUUGUUUCCGCGGGCCCCGGCCACGCCGUCAUGGCGUUAAACGAUCUCGGGUUGAGCGAUGUCACCGGAAUCGAGCUUGUUGACUCGCCGCCUCUAGUGAGCCGGGCAGAUCCUCACAACCUACCAUUCUUUGACGAUGCGUUCGAUUUCGGGUUCAGUCCGUAUUUGGACCGGGCCCUGUUCCCUGCCCGAUACGCGGCUGAGAUGGAGCGGGUGGUCCGAGAGGGCGGCGCGUGUGUGGUGGCCGUGGAUGAAUGUGGGGAAGGGCAAAUUGAAUCGGUGGUUAGAUUAUUCAGCAAAUCAAAGUUCCUGGGCGCCAUGAACGUGACCUUGGGUGGGGAAAAGAGAACAAGGAUUGUGCUAAGAGUUAGAACUGAUUGAUUUUUUGGCAUUAGGUUUGUUCCUGGGGAAAUUCAAUCGCAGCUGUAAUUAUCAAUUCUUCCAGUAAGGGUUUUUACUUAAGCAAUCACAUACUUGUGAAAUACAUUAAACUAGUCAUUUUUUACUAUUUUAGGAUGAAACUCUAAUGUAGUAAACUAGUAAUAUCUUAUGUUUUGUGUAAUGUUUAAUGUGUUUGAUGUGGGUAGAAUGUAACAUGCAAUUGUAAUUUUUAUCUUGUACAUCUUGCAGGUAAUGUUGGAGUGUUUGGGUUUGCAAAAUUUACCAGAGGAGCAUACAGGGAGGAGUCUCUUCGUCUCAUUCAGUAAACAACGGCCCGAUGGUUCUUCAGUCCAAAAAGAAGACUCGGGAUUUUGUCUGAGUGGCAAAAUGCAGGUUGCUUUCUUUCAAUGUGGGAGUUUGUUUUUUGAACUUAUGAGCCAAGUCAAAACUAUGGGUUGUGUUUCUGUCUCUCUGGAAGAGUUGCUAUACCCAACCGCUAAUCUCUAUGAAAAAUGGCUCGGAAUGGUUCCACACUAUAUGAUAGAAAUGUGAAAGCCGAUCAUUUUGAGGGUUGCAAUCUCAGCUACAACACCAACUUCAGCACCAUAUAUUCUUCACAUGGUUCGUUCUUGGAAUGGUUCUUCCUUCCCUCUCCACGGGAAGGAUAAACAUUUGUGAUGUUAGGUGGUUCAACAUUUCAACACAUAUUUUCAUAAUAAGGAAUUCUAAUACAGAGUAAUAUUAAUGAUUAUAACAAGUCAUGAUAGUUACAUUUACUCAGAAUGACAUUCACUCUGUAUUUUAAGUACCUGUGAGACAACCCAAUUACUUUCAAGUACAUAACCAGGAUCUACUUUAGAUAAUUUGGCUCCUGCCCAAUCAUAGAAACCACUGUCCUAAUUAUCUGAUGGUUGAAUAAGACGUGGGUGUGAUUUCUUCAGACCUGGAAGGAUAUGGCACAUUAGGAGGCAAUAGAUUUGAUAACACCAUUCUCUUGCAAUCUUGAGGUCUUUCACUGUUUGAGCAAUCAGGCUUUUGUUGUGGUGCAAUUUGAGCUGCUAAUGAAAAUUUUGUGAGCUGCUUAUGAAUAUGUUGUGAUGAUACGUGUUAGGAACAACCCUAAUAAUACAAUAUGCAUCUUCAUGCUUGUUUUUCUUCCCUCUUUUUAUUAAGGGAAAAUGGAAACUAAUAAUUCAACCUUUUAG